AUGACUGGGGACUCUGAAGACUCGAGGAGGUCAACAAAGGAGCCAUCGAAGGCGGCAUCAAAAAGCACUUCAAAAAGCACUUCAAAAGUGAGAUCCGCCAGAGGUCGUAGAAAGAAGGGACAAAAAGCAGGCAAAAGUGAGGUUUCAUUAACACAAAGCAAAGAUAAUGGAAGUACAGUCCAUAAUAGCGUCAAGCAUUCCAAGGAAAUCACAACUUCUAAUUAUUCGAAGUCCAAAAAGGUGGACCUGGGUCGUUUACUGAAAGUAAGGAAUGAGGAGAUUGAGCAAGCCCAGCACAUACUCGGCAAAACGAUAUUCAAACUAUUUAAAAAUGGGGGUCAUUCAAAAACUUUCGGGUUGGUAGUGCCCUCAACAGACAAACCUGUCACCCUGCUAAUAAAGCUAACAGAUGCUUAUCCUCGAGAGCCAAUAAAGCUGAUAUUUCCGCAGACUUCUGAAAUUGAAAAUAGGCUAAAAAGCAUUUGCAUCAAAAAUUUCAACAUUAAAGUGAAGGAGUUUUCACAACAAGGUGAGCCAUUGGUAACGCAACUCAACUUUCUGCUUUCCAGAUGGCGUUGCAUGUGUUCUGUUGAUUACCGAGCAAAGGACCAGCUACAAAAAGAACUAAUGCUGCAACAUAAUGAAUAA